AUGGCCAGCCGGCCACCGGGUGGACCGUCUCACAGCGAGAACCUGAUUGACUUUGACGACCAUCAACCCACACACAAUGCAGGCGCACCACCACGGCCCGCCGCCCAUGACGAGGGCCGGCCCUCGGUCUCGUAUGAUGACUUUGUUGGCGGUGCCAGGUCGACGACAGCAGGCCUGCCGGGAGGGCCUGGCGCACCAGGAGGUGCGACGACGCCCUAUCUAGGAGGAGCAAACAACAACAGCCGAGCCUAUUCGCAAACGUCGGACCUGCACAACUACCAGCGAUACUCGGAUGCCGACAUUCCCCACGACGAUGACGCCUCAACCCAGGGCUACUACGCAGCCGGGGGAGCCUACGACCAGCCCUCGCCGAGCCUCCAGCGCGGCAACUCCAAGAACGCACACAACAGGAAUAGUAUCCUGAGCCUCGGAGGUGGCCUGACUGGCCGGGUCAAGAACAUGUUUGGCCGGGGCAAUGAGUACUCAGAAAUGGACCUGCCCUUGACCGAGAACGCAGCACACCAACGCCAGCCGAGCGGCAACGAGACAGCAAGUCAACACGACGACGGCCACUCUGCUAAGCCCAAGAAGGGGCUGGGCACCUUCAAGUUUGGCUUCGGCCGAGGCACACCCGACCCGUCGACAUUGGGACCCCGCAUAAUACACCUGAACAACCCACCCGCCAAUGCCGUCAACAAGUACGUCGACAACCACAUUUCGACGUGCAAGUACAACAUCGUCACCUUCCUCCCCAAGUUCCUCUACGAGCAAUUCUCAAAAUACGCCAACCUCUUCUUCCUCUUCACUGCCAUCCUCCAGCAGAUUCCCGGCAUCUCCCCCACGUCGCGAUUCACUACCAUCGUUCCGCUCGGCAUAGUCCUCCUGGUGUCAGCUGUCAAGGAGUACAUUGAAGACUACCGGCGGAAACAGUCCGACUCGGAGCUGAACAACUCAAAAGCCCAGGUCCUCAAGGGUUCUACCUUUACAGACACGAAAUGGGUCAAUGUGGCAGUAGGAGAUAUCGUGCGCGUCGAAUCCGAGCAGCCCUUCCCCACCGAUCUCGUCCUUCUCGCAUCCUCCGAGCCCGAGGGUCUAUGCUACAUCGAAACAGCCAACUUGGACGGAGAGACCAAUCUCAAGAUCAAGCAGGCUAUUCCGGAAACGGCAGACUAUGUCAGUCCAGCCGAGCUGGCGAGACUAGGUGGCAGGAUACGAUCAGAACAACCCAACAGCAGUCUAUAUACAUAUGAAGCAACCUUGACUAUCGCAGCAGGUGGAGGAGAGAAGGAGCUACCCCUGGCACCUGAUCAACUGUUGCUGCGAGGUGCUACACUUCGUAACACACCAUGGAUCCAUGGCGUCGUCGUCUUUACCGGCCACGAAACGAAGCUCAUGAGAAACGCGACCGCUACACCCAUCAAGACCACCGCGGUCGAGAGGAUGGUCAACAAGCAGAUUCUCAUGCUCGUGCUAAUCCUCAUUGCACUGAGUAUCAUCAGCUCCAUCGGCGAUGUCAUUAUCCAAACAACGCAAAGAGACAGUCUCGUCGAUUAUCUCCGCCUCGACAGGUUCAAUGGCGCCAAACAAUUCUUCCGUGACUUGCUGACAUACUGGGUGCUAUACUCCAAUCUGGUUCCCAUCUCGCUCUUCGUCACUAUUGAAAUCGUCAAAUACUACACCGGUAGUCUCAUCGACUCUGAUCUGGACAUCUAUUACGAACCAACCGACACACCCGCGAAAUGCCGAACAUCGUCUUUGGUCGAGGAAUUGGGCCAGAUUGAAUACAUCUUCUCGGACAAAACGGGUACUCUCACCUGCAACAUGAUGGAGUUCAAGCAGUCUACAAUUGCCGGAAUACAGUAUGCUGACGAGGUACCCGAAGACAGGCGCGGGACAAUCGAGGACGGCGUUGAGGUUGGAAUUCACGACUUCAAGCAGCUCGAGCAAAACCGAAAGACACAUCACAACAAGUACAUCAUCGACCAAUUCCUGACAUUACUCGCGACAUGUCAUACUGUUAUUCCGGAAAGAAAGGGCGAGAAGGCUGCCAUCAAGUAUCAGGCCGCCUCUCCCGACGAGGGAGCUUUGGUGGAAGGCGCGGUGACCCUUGGCUACAAGUUCACUGCAAGAAAGCCGCGUGCUGUCAUCAUCGAGGUUGACGGCCGCGAACUGGAAUACGAACUCCUGGCCGUUUGCGAAUUCAACUCGACAAGGAAGAGAAUGUCUACAAUAUUCCGCACACCCGAAGGCAAGAUCGUGUGCUACACAAAGGGUGCCGACACCGUCAUUUUGGAGAGACUCGGAAAGGACAAUCCUCAUGUAGAGGCAACGCUCACGCAUCUUGAAGAGUAUGCUUCCGAAGGACUCCGUACACUUUGUCUGGCUAUGAGAGAAAUCGGCGAAGAUGAGUUUCGAGAAUGGUGGACCAUCUUCAAUACUGCGCAAACGACAGUUGGUGGCAACCGCGCAGAUGAACUGGACAAGGCUGCUGAACUCAUCGAACACGACAUGACUCUACUUGGAGCAACCGCUAUCGAAGAUAAACUACAAGACGGCGUACCUGACACUAUCGCCACUCUCCAAUCUGCCGGAAUCAAGGUCUGGGUUUUGACUGGAGAUCGCCAAGAAACUGCCAUCAACAUCGGCAUGAUCGUCAAGCUCGUCAAGCGUCAUCUCAAAUCCAUCCUGCUUGCUAUUGGUGACGGAGCCAACGACGUCUCUAUGAUUCAAGCUGCACAUGUUGGUGUCGGUAUCAGUGGUGUCGAGGGCUUACAGGCAGCUCGUAGCGCAGAUAUUGCGAUCGGUCAAUUCCGCUACCUACGAAAGCUUCUUCUUGUCCACGGCGCAUGGAGCUACCAGCGUGUCAGCAAGGUCAUCCUGUAUUCCUUCUACAAGAAUAUUGCCAUGUUCAUGACACAAUUCUGGUACUCGUUCCAGAACGGCUUCUCUGGUCAGAUCAUAUACGAGUCCUGGACGCUGACAAUGUACAACGUCUUCUUUACAGCAGCACCACCUUUUGUGCUCGGCAUCUUCGAUCAAUUCGUAAGCGCAAGACUACUGGACCGCUAUCCGCAGCUUUAUCGCCUGAGUCAGUCUGGCGUGUUCUUCAGAAUGCACUCUUUCUGGUCAUGGGUUGGAAACGGCUUCUAUCACUCCCUCAUUCUCUACUUUGGCACCCAAGCUUUCGUCUUGUGGGACUGGCCGCAGUGGGACGGCCGAAACGCAGGUCAUUGGGUGUGGGGCACAGCUGCUUACACUGCUAACCUUGCGACCGUCCUUCUCAAAGCCUCGCUCAUCACCAACAUCUGGACAAAGUACACUGUGUUGGCAAUCCCUGGCUCUAUGCUACUCUGGUUCAUACUCAUGCCCCUCUACGCCACCGUUGCACCGAUGAUCAACAUCUCCAACGAGUACGUAGGCGUCAUUGCCCGACUUUUCCCGGACCCGCGUUUCUGGGCGAUGAUUGUGGUAUUACCGCCGCUUUGCUUGAUCAGAGACUUCGCAUGGAAGUACGCGAAAAGAAUGUACUUCCCGCAGAGCUAUCAUCAUGUCCAGGAAAUUCAAAAGUACAACAUUCAGGAUUACAGGCCACGCAUGGAGCAAUUCCAGAAAGCGAUCCGUAAAGUCCGACAGGUGCAGCGUAUGCGCAAACAGCGCGGCUAUGCCUUUUCUCAAACAGACGAGUCGCAAGCAAGGGUUCUACAAGCUUAUGAUACCACGCAACAGCGUGGUCGGUAUGGAGAGAUGGCGAGUUCGCGCAAGUAGUUUACGCGUGUGGUGGAGCAGUACACUCAGCAAUGUCACAUUGGCGCAUGUGCACUGGGUGUUAUCAAGAUUCUUGUACGACUGAGCCCCAAAUGGGCUUUUUGUUUUUGGUUCGACCAGUGUAUUGUGUUAUCGAUUUAGCGUCACUUGAAGAAUAAACCCUGUCCUUGAUCAA